AUGCUGGUCGCCGCAGUCGUCUGCAGGCCGUGCUGCCGGCCCUUGCGCAGUGCAGCACUGCCCGCACAGAGGGCGGCUCGGCCGCUGCGUCGCGGCUUGUUGUUGGUGGCUGCCAGCGGGCCGGAGGGGGACAAGGAUGGGCCCUCCACAUCGUCGCUGACCAAGCAGAAGCGCGUUCAAGAACUGGAGAGCAGCCUGAAGAAGAUGGGCAUAGACAAGGCCACAGCGCAGCGCAUCCUGCAAAUCUGGCGGCAGAGCGGCGCCACCAGCCCCGACGGUCUGCGCACGCUCUUCCUGAAGAGAAGCUUCAACAAGUCGACGCGCAUCGGGCUGCAGCUGCUGAUCGACGGCGCGGCGGGCGCGGGCGCCUACGUGGCGGCCAGGUCCAUCACCGCCGACGAGCUGGGCAGCCUGUCGCUGGCAGCCAAGUACGGGCUGUACUUCCUGGCAAUUUACCUCUUCAUCGGCGCAUCAUUCGAGUUCUUCAGCCUGGGCGCCCUGCUGUACGCGGCUUUCAGGUAUUCCACCAAUGCCGACACGUUCCUGGUGGCGGUCCAAGAGAUUGCCGGCUCCUCCACCGGCCUAAGCGUGGUGGACCAGGCCAACAAGGCGGUCAACAUUGUCAAGGUGCUGGCUGCGCUGGACCAGAUUCGGGAGCUGCUCAAGAACGCCACCUCUGAAAACCCCGACGACUUCUUCGCCAGCCUGGGCGUGUACCUGACACUGGAGCGCGCGCAGCGGCUGUACGGCUUUGAUGCGGAGCAGUACGGGCUUGAUGAUGCCGCCGCUGCCGACAUCGCCGCCGUCUUUGCCAGGUACGACCUCAACGAUGACGGCUUCCUGCAGCUGGACGAGUUCAGCCGCCUGUGCGCCGAGAACGGGGUGGAGCUGAGCGAGGCGGAGGUGCGGGCCGCCUUCGACCUGCUGGACACAGACAAGAGCAAAACGCUCGACUUUGGCGAGUGGGUGGCGUGGUGGCUGCAGAAGAGCCGCGCCUGA